AUGGCUCUCAAACAGCCUCCCUUGAGUGAGAAAGUCGUAUACUUUGCCCAGCUGGAGAGGCUUCGGGAGCAAGGAGAUUCUGAGGACGACGGCGACGCUGGCAUGCGGGAGGAGCAGGAUCGCCGAGCUCGUACGCGGUUCUUCAACAAGGACGAACGUUCAGGUCUGACAUCUCGGGUGCCGCGCCCAGGCAAGGACUCCAUCUCCAUCUCCGUCGCCGUCGCCGUCGCCGUCGCCGGUCUGGCAGACGCACAAGGGAAAGAAGUUGCAGGCCGAGCAGCUGCGAGCGACGGGCCGGGUGCUCCGACGCACACCGUCCAAGCUACCCAGCCGCAGCCGCGCGUCACCAGAGCUCGCGCACACCGCUUGCUGCUGGAUCCGGCAGCAGACGAGACGGCCGUGCCAGACACAGCCAGGGCCAAGGAGCCCCAGCGGCAGGCUCUACGCACUUCUUGCGCCGCAGCCGAGUCGCCCUCGGUGAGCACUGCAAAGACGAGAAAACGAAAACGGGAGCACCCGGUCAAGGUACGCCCAGAGCACGAACAGGUCUUCCAGGGCCUGUCGCUGUACUACAUCCCCAACAACGACAUUGCGCCGGCGAGGAGGCUACGGAUCAACAAGUCGCGCGAAUACGGGGCUGCCUGGUCGACCGACCCGCGGACGGCCACGCAUGUCAUUGUGGACAAGGGCCUUCAUUACGAGCACGUCGAAAAGGCCAUUGGGAGCCAUCACGGCGCAAAGGUGGUGAACGAGGAUUACCCCAUAGACUGCAUACGCUUUCGCUCGAUCCUGGACCACACGCAGAAGAAGUACCGGAUUCCUGGCCAACCGCGCGAGGAGCUGGACGGCAACGAUGCCGCGGCGGGGGACGAGGUCCCGAGCGGUUCAAACGAACCGGAAACAUCGCUACAGCUGAAGCCGCGACCUGGAGACCAACACAGACCGGAUCCGGCAAGGCUGUCCCGGAGCCUGGAACCAAGCGAUGCGAGUGCAGUCGGCGGUGCCCCGCCGCAUCCUGAUUCGAAGCUGGCCAGCCCAAGAGAAGAAGAAACUGCGCCGUCGUCGAAACCGCCAGACGCGAGUAAAGACGGCGCCGCAGACGCCGGGGCAGACGCCGGGGCAACCCCGCAGGGCAAUGUGCCGCACGAGCACAAGCACGGGGGGAAUGACGAGCUGUCGAGUCUCAUCGCAAUGGUGCAGGAGUACAGGCAUCUGCCACUGGACAAGGACGAAGAGGAGGACGAGUCUCGCUCCACAGCCAACCAGGCCCAACACCCGUCCGCCUCGGAGGGGUCGGAGGAGUGCGGCCCGUCCGAGGACGAGGGCGAAGGCGAGGGCGAGCAUCUCAAGACAGACAAGAUGCGCUUGCGCUCGGCAAGCAGACGCAAGCAGCUGCGAUUCGAGGACCGGUUCGGCUGCCACUCGGCAGGCGCGCAGCAUGCCUCGCUGGACAACCCAAACUCUCGGACGAUCGAGGUCCUGCAGAGCAUGGCGUCGUACUACAGCCGGGUCGGCGACCAGUGGAGAACAAUCGGGUACCGCAAGGCGAUUGCGACGUUGAAGAGGCAGAGCGUCAAGAUAGCCACGGAGGAGGCAGCCUACGAGCUGCCGCACGUCGGUCGACGGAUCGCCAAGAAGAUUGAGGAGAUUGCCACGACGGACCGGCUUCGGAGGCUCGAGCACGCGCAGGCGGAGCCGACGGACCGCGCGCUCCAGCUGUUCCUGGGGAUCUACGGCGUGGGCGCCAAGCAAGCGCAGCGGUGGAUCUCGCAGGGCCACCGGACGCUGGAGGAUCUCCGGGCCGGGGCGAGGCUCAGCGCCAGCCAGCAGAUCGGCAUCGACCACUACGACGACCUCAACACCAGGAUCCCGCGGGCGGAGGUGGAGGCCCUCGGGGCCGCGGUGAAGAGGGCCGCGGCGCGCAUCGACGCGCGGGUGGAGGUGAUUAUCGGGGGGAGCUACCGCCGCGGGGCCGACUCGUCCCACGACGUCGACGUGAUGGUGACGCGGGCGGGGACCGACGCUGCCGCGCAGCUGAGGCCGUUUCUGGCGGAGCUGGUGGGCGCGCUGAGGAGCGACGGGGUCGUCACGGCGCGGCUGGCCUCGUCGCGCGCCGCGGGGGACGGGAGCAAGUGGCACGGGUGCUGCGUGCUGCCGCAGACGCAGACGCAGACGCAGACGCAGACGCGGACGCGGGGCGUCGACGACCGAGGAGGCUGCCGGCCGGUGUGGAGGCGGAUAGACUUCCUGCUGGUGCCGGAGACGGAGAUGGGCGGGGCGCUGAUUUACUUUACGGGCAACGACGUCUUCAACCGCAGCCUGCGGCUGCUGGCGUCGAAGAAGGGGAUGCGGCUGAACCAGAGGGGGCUUUACAGGGACGUGAUGAGGGGGGCGGAGCGGGAGAAUCUGCAUGCGGGGGAGCUGGUGGAGGGGAGGGACGAGAGGAGGAUAUUCGAGAUUCUGGGGGUGGCGUGGCGGGAGCCGCAUGAGCGAUGGUGUUGA